CCGUCCGUCAUACAUGCAACACCGAUCAAAAUGCCGAAAAUUAGCCUGCGUACUCUGUGUCUCGUGACGGCGCUCUUGUGCAACGUUCAGCGGAGUCUUGAACAUGAAAUUCCGAAGAGGAGCUUCCUGUCACGCAGAGCAAUCGACGGAACUAGAGGAAGGAAGCUUUUCGAUCCGAGCGAGGACGGUGCGUUCGACAGCUAUGGAUCCGCGGGUGGCUAUUACGAUCCGUAUAAUCAUGCGACAGAUCUAUCUGACAUCAGAAAAAAUGUGCCGGGCGAGCCAGGCGUCGACUAUCCCGCCUACGUAACAUUAACUCAAACGGGAUUCACGUGCGAAGGACGCUCACGUGGCUACUACGCCGACGAAGCGGCCGGCUGUCAAAUCUUCCAUGUGUGCCACGACGUGUUAGUGUCCUCAUUCCUGUGCCCGAUCGGCUCGAUUUUCAGUCAAAAGUUAUUGACCUGCGACUGGUGGAACAAGGUCGAUUGUUCGUCCACUAAGCGAUACCUCGAAGUGAAUCGCGGUAGCUAUCAGGUCGACGACGACGAGAUGAUUCGCAACGCGUACGCGAUGAUCAGCUUGCAAUCCUCCGCGGAAGACGUGACCAGAGACGGCUUGGUGGAUCCUGACAGCGGCGCCAGGAUCAUCGAUUAUUCCGCACUCGGAUUCCGCAGGAUUUCCGCGCCGAAUUAUCCCGACGCGACCGAAAACGACCUACCGAGCGGAGUCGAGGACUAUUCUCACAUAAAUAAUCAGCAGACCUUGAAUCUGCACAACUAUGAUCCCUAUCUGUGGAAGAAAGCAAAGUAUCAAGACCUACCGAGCAGACUCGAAGACUAUAUUCAUCGAAAUCAGCAGAUCGUGAAUCAGCAGAACUACGAUCCCUAUCAACGGAAGAAAAUGAGUCCUGCGUCAAAUCAAGACAAAUUCCAGUUCGCAAACAAGGAGCGAUCGCCUUACCACGCCUCUGCGAUUAUUCGACAUGAUAAUCCGACCGGCAAUAAUGAAUUCCAGAAUACCGAUCGCAGACCCGACGGGUUCACCAAUUCGUUACACACAUCCUACGCGCCUACUGUUCCCACUGUUACCACCACUACCAGGAGAUUCUACUCGCCUACGGUCCCGACGACCUAUCGACCUUCCACGUUGGCUUACAGCAAGCUGGAUCUGAUAGUAGAUAGCUCUGAUCAUCUCUAUGCGCAGAGCAAGACCCCAGUGACGCCUCCCACGAUUUCUCAUCACAACGAUGACGUGAGAAAUAUUAAAUUAGGAGAGAGCGAGACGAAACACGGCGAUUUGAAGAAAUCAGAAAGCGUCUCGUCACCGAAAACGGAUAAAAUUGAUGAAAAUGAUGACGAUGAGCGUUCUAAGAGUGACAAAGUACAUCUCAAUCGUGGUUUCAGGAUCAACGUAACGGAUACAAUUUACGAAGACGAGGUAUUUCGGCAGCAGAAUGACAGACCGGUAAUUAAAAAUGAUAGCAAAGAAAGCGCGGAAGAUAUCGAGGCGAGGGACAGUAUCGGAAUCACUCAAGCAUUGAAUAAUCCACUCGGCAGGAUUGUGAUAUCUGAUAAAUAUCUGUUGAGAGAUUAUACUGCGUCAACUGUGAAACAGCAGGAUGCUGUGUAUAAUGAUAACCAAACAACCAUGGAUCAUAAUUCGUCGUCGAGCAAAUCAAUCAUCAAUUUCAAAAUAUUUAUGGACACAUCCGCGUCCAGUUUAAAACUUAAUUUUGAAAUUCCCAAACCAGAUCUAUUUUUAAAGCCUCCAGUGGAAGAUUUUCCAGUGAUAUCUGCAACGAGUACGACUGAAAAAAGUAUUGAUACAAUUCAGAACGAACGUUUUUCAGCUAAUGAUAACGAGACAAUCGCGAACCAGCAUCCGUGGUGGAGAAAAUCAGUCUUUGACUUUAACGACACGUCGAAAAUAAAAGAUGAAUUUUCUGAAGUCACACGAUAUCCAGCGCAAUUUCUGAAACCUCCCCAGGAAGAUUCUUUCAUCAACAUUCCCGAAGAGCCGCGCUACACGACAGUGAAACCUGCGAUAAGUACGACUGAAAAGAGCAUCGAUAACAUUCACGAUGAAGCAAAUCGCUUUUCGUCUAAUGAUAACCAAACAGAGGUGGACACCGUCCAGACCAGAUUUUUUAUGUUACAACAGUCAUUACAACAGCACACAACGACCGAUGCGAAUUUUGAGACCACCUGGAACCCGGACACGACCACGGAGUUUCCACAAUUUCAUAGCACCACCACUGAAGAUAAUCAAGAUGUAUCGUUGACAACAGUCAACGAUAACGUCGAUAGACGCAUACCGCACAUCGAUCUUCGCUUGACCCGAAACCUAAUCUUUGAUGACUGGUACAAUGAUGAUCCCUUUGUCAGAGAGCUGGUCCCUCCGACGGAACAGUACGAUCACACCGAGCGCGCGGAAGCUCAAAAGACACAGAAUUCGUCGGAAGUUCCGAGGAAAGAUGACAGCGAGGCGGUAAUCCAGAAUCAACAAAAUUUCACUAUCAAGAUUCAAGAGGAGCCGAAGAUAAAUAUAAAAUUUCCGUGCUAUAAUUCAAGAGGAGAGCUUUGUGAGACGAGUUCUGUCGCUCCCGAUGUUGCGCUUUCCACGCCGAGUGCAGACGAAAAACUAACUCAGUUGCCUCCGAAUUAUUUCCAACCAUGGAAUUUUUCAUUUAUCACGAGAUUGCCUGAAAAAUCGGUGACGUCUGUUCCUAACGAAUUUUCGAUCUUCACCACACAGUCUCCGAUCAUUACUAACAGUAAUGUUGCCGCGGAAGAAUCAAACUUGAAGAUAAUCACGCCGAGGAGCGUCUUAGGCAUCAAAGAUUCCGAAGAGAAAACAGAAAAUACGACGAGUGAUUUGCACGAUUCAAUCAAUGUAACACCUUUGCGACAACUUGUGAAACAAAUAGAGGAGAAAGUUAAAAAUGUUAUGAAUGAUCAACAAAAUUUUAAAAUCCUCAAAUCGGUCGAACAGGAAGACGAAGUUACUACUGUUUCGCAGGUGCCGAAGUUGUCCGAUCAUGUGUCUUCAGAAAAAAAAAACAAUUUUCUUAGCGAUGCGACCCGUCGAUUCGAAGAACCGGAGUCAAAAAUUGCCUCGAGUCUUCUUCCACCGCGGUGGAAAUCGUUUCCCGAGCGGCCGCGACCAUUUUCGGUGGAAAAUAAAUAUAAUAUAGAGAAGAGAACUGAAGAUGAACCAUCAUUCCGCACGACGAUUCUAUUCCCGCGAGGCAGAACGCUGCUCAGAAAUGCAAAUUUUAAAGCACCUGCCUUUGAAACCUUAGAGACAUCCACUAAUACCGCUGAAUCAAAGACACCACUGAAUCAAAAUCUUGAUGAAGAAUUCGAUUUAGCAACUCCAUCAGAUCACUCGCCGUUCAGAAAAGUUUUCAAGACGUCUUUCUUUGGCGACAGUUCUGUCAAAUUACCUUUGAAGCCAUCAUCUGACGCUUCUUCCGCAACGGAACAGAAGACAAAUAAAUCACAAUUAACAGAAAACAAGACUACUCGACCACUUCAGAAGGAGGAAAUCUUGGAACAAUUGACGGAGAACUUUGGACAGCCUUUGUACCGCGGAGUGAUCCGUAGACCAUUUGUCUUCGAUCUACCACAAGUGCAGAGAAGUUUGGACUUCGAGACCGGUUUGCCAAUAGAAGAAAGCGUGCGAGUAACCGACGAAAGCGGAAAGGGAAAUCCGGUAUCUUCUACAACGGCGACGACAAUGCAGGAAACAACUACGACCACAGAAUCUAUAAAAACUACCGUCGAGACCGAAUUCGUUCGUUCUCUAGGAUUUUCCCUUGACAUCAACGCAGAUCGCGAGGAGUAUGUUCGAGCGAUUCUUGGAGGAUUGAUCGACGAGCACACCCGUGAAGACGACGAUAAUGAAUCUAACGUCACGCAAGUAACAGAUAAAAUCUUAAAAAAUGAAACUUCGACACUUGAGCCAAAACACAAGAGUUCGGAAGACGUCUAACGAUAAAAUUUCGAAGAAUGUUAAAAUCAGAAGUAUCUUUUAAAGGCCCUUAAAAUAUCUUUGACAAUCAGUUUCAUCAAUAUCGAUUAAUAAUUUCUAAAAUUUCAAUUAAAAGAAUUAAUUAAAAUUUUUUAAAUUAAUUGAAGUUGACGAACUCAGCCAUUGAUGAGAAGCCAUUGACGGGUGAUAUGACACCUAACUUCUUAAUAUCGAGAGACCACGGUAUGUAAAACUGUUAAUUCUAUUCUAACUAUUUUAUUAAAAGAUAAAAAAAUUUAUAAAAUAAAACUAUGUUAACAUAUGUUUAAAUAGCGUGUUAAAAAUAAAUAUUUUUAAGAUAGAUAAUGAGUAGUCGACUUGCAUUUAGAGUUACGUUAAUGUUUCGUUCACAUUAGACACUAGAUUGCAAUUAAUAGUAAAUAUAAUAUGACAAAGAAAAUGAUUUAAUGACAUAGACGUAA